CCUGGAUGCAGGUUAGGCAGGUGAAGCGUCUCCCCGGAAACGGAGCUAGAGCGCCCCACCUGCUGGGUCCUACCUGCUUAAAUCGGAUCCGGCGCGGCCAGGCUUCUCAUAAGGACUCUAAGACGUGCCUGGGACAGGCAAGCCCCUCCGGGACUCGUUGCUGGCACCUACAGGAUCUGUCUCUCCUGCCGCAGGAAGCUGGACUCCUGGCCGGCAGCGCUAGCUUUAUUUUUACCUGGUGACCCAGCAGUGACAGCUGAGGCCAUGUGAGUCUGAUCCUGAAUGAGGCUUUAUCUCUGAUUGUUCGUCCCAUCAUCCACUGUGGCACCAGCUCCCUCCUGACAGCCUAGAUGGAGACAGCCAGAGCUGGAGAGGUGACGGUACCUGUAGCCUGGACUGAGAGGAAGAGACUGGGCUUCUAGCUGCCAACCAGGUGAUGGAGACACCAGGCCAUGAUAAACACCGUUUGAGCCCUGACAUUGAUCUUCUCACCUGACCCUGCCUGACCAAGCCAUGUCCCAACAAGCCUCAACAGCCAGGGGGCUGCCCCCAGAUGUGCUGGCAGAGCAGGUGGAGCUGUGGUGGUCCCAGCAGCCCCGACGCUCCUUGCUCUGUUUCUCCGUGGCCGUGGGCCUUGUGGCUGGCUGUGGGGCGGGCGGCGUGGCCCUGCUGUCCUCCACCAGCAGCCGCUCUGGUGAGUGGCGACUAGCUGUGGGCACUGUGCUCUGCCUGCUGGCCCUGAUGGUUCUGGUGAAGCAGCUGAUGAGCUCCGCGGUGCAGGAUAUGAACUGCAUCCGCCAGGCCCAGCACGUAGCCUUGCUGCGCAGCGGUGGAGGGGCUGAUGCUGUUGUGGUACUGCUCAGUGGCUUUGUGCUGCUGGUCACUGGCCUGACCCUGGCUGGGCUGGCUGCUGCCCCAUCCCCGGCUCGGCCACUGGCUGCCAUGCUGUCUGUGGGCAUUACCCUGGCUUCCUUGGGCUCAGUCUUGCUGCUGGGUUUGCUGCUGUAUCAGGUGGGUGUGAGUGGACACUGCCCCUCGAUCUGUACAGCUGCACCCUCCACCCAAAAUGGCCACAGUGGUAACAGCAGCAUCUUUAGCAUCUCGGGACAGCUGUCCUCUGGCCAGCGUCAUGAGACCACCUCCAGCAUUGCCAGCCUCAUCUGACAGAGAUGGAGCCCUUCUUCCCAUGACCUGACUCAGUGUCCCCAGAGCAUUGGCAGGACACGUACAGGUGCAUGCAUAUAUGUCUGCCCCCACCCCGCUGCCACGGGAUUGCACAGGACGUGAUUAGGAGCUCACGUGUACCCAACACAUCCACACCGUGAGAGGGUACGUGAUGGAUGCCUCCUUGGGGCUGAUUGCUUGUGUCCGUGGACUGUCAUGCUCUCUGCCUGGUUCUGGGGUCUCUAGGCACAUCUGGAAUCCCUGAAGGCUUGGCCUGUAUCUCCAAGACCCUACAACUCCAGCCUUGUCCUACGGCAUGAAUACCCCAGCCAUUGUUCUUCAGAGAGAGUGGCUCUUGGCAAAGCAGAGGGAAGUGGGGUGAGAGGGACCUGGACGGGAAA